AUGGUGCUUAUAUGCCCUACCACCACAAUGUUCCAUGCCACCCCAGCUCUUGUUCCAUAUGGUAUCAAUCAAAUAUGCUGGCAAUCAGCCGAUGUGCCUUUGGUUUCAAUUAAUAACGCUGGAUAUAUUCAACGCAUUGUUGGAUAUUCACCAAAUGGCUUCAAUCAAAUAUGUUGGAGAUUAUCAACGCAUUGUUGGUAUUUCGUUACCAGUUAUUGUUCCAAAUGGUAUCCAUUUAUCAACGCAUUGUUGGUAUUUUGGAAAAUGCUGCACAAUCAAUAUGACGUGUAUGCAGAAGAUCGAUAUGGUCAAUCGACUUAUAAACAAAAGGAAGUGUUGCAUAAGCAUUAUUAG